UUUGAAGUAUCUAUUUAUGGCCUGAUUCCAACAAUAGAAAUGAAAACUUGCAGACUGUCGGCACUCCAGAAAAUCUGUUCCAUCAAAAAAUUUAGGCUCUAAUCUUAACCUACAAUCGAUCCAUUCCUGUUUCGUGGCGAGCCGCAGUGUCCUCACCGUGUGCGCAUGAGAGAAUUUCGUUGCCAUCGAUGAAUCUGGGCUGUAUCUGCAUUUAAUGCGCGCUGCAUUGUCAACAUAAUAAACAAGGCGAUUCCGCAAGAACUAUUGGGUUGUUUGGAAAUUUGGGGAGAGCAAAUAUGUCCGCCGUUAGCAGUCAUGCGAUGAAUUUGUGCAAGUCCUCGGAUUUGUUCCUCUCCAAUGUGUUAUACGCCAAGCCGGCGUUUGUAGACUUGUCGGCGUUUAAUUCAGGAUCUAAGAAAUUGGGAAUUUGCGGCGAGUGGCCGAGAUCCAAGGUUUUGGCGCCGGUCAUGGCAAUAGAGUCCUCCAAAACGACGACGCACGUCAAUGACCGAGCAGAGGAAGUUGAGCGGGGUUCCAAAGGCGAAUUUCUCAACAACGAGAACGGCAAUUCGUCUGGGAAAGGAACAGUUCAGAAGCCCAGCUCUGGGAAUUCAACGAAUAUUGUAUGGCACAACUGUUCUGUGGAGAAGAGCGACAGAGAGAGAUUGCUCAAUCAGAAGGGCUGCGUUAUUUGGAUAACGGGGCUAAGUGGUUCAGGAAAGAGCACUGUGGCAUGCAGUUUAAGUAAUGCUUUACAUGCUAAAGGGAAGCUCUCAUAUAUCCUUGAUGGGGAUAAUUGUAGGCAUGGUCUGAACCGUGAUCUUACUUUUAAAGCUGAAGACCGCGUAGAGAACAUACGCAGGAUGGGGGAGGUGGCUAAGCUAUUCGCUGAUGCCGGAGUUAUUUGCAUUGCAAGUUUGAUAUCACCCUUCCAGAAGGACAGAGAUGCUUGCCGAGCUUUACUGCCUGAAGGAGAUUUUAUUGAGGUAUACAUGGAUGUGCCUCUACAAAUUUGUGAAGCAAGGGACCCCAAGGGAUUAUACAAGCUGGCUCGAGCUGGAAAAAUCAAAGGUUUCACCGGAAUUGAUGAUCCAUACGAACCACCAUCAAACCCCGAGAUAGUGCUGUCUCAAAGACAAGGAUCCUGCGAUGCUCCCGAUGCCUCGGCAGAAAUUGUGAUUUCAUACCUUGAAAGGAAAGGUUAUCUGGAGGCAUAAUUCUUCUACCAUCCUGCUCGCCAACAGAAGCUCGAAUUUAAGCUAGAUUAUAUUGUUAUUGUUAUUGUUAAAUUAUUAGUCAAUAAAACAUCCUUGUUGUCUGAAAGUAGUACCAAAAACACCUGGAAAUGAUCCAGUGAUUAUGUAUAUGCAUGCAUUUGCUUAUGUAAUGAAUAAACUUGUUUGAUGAAUGGAAUUUCAUUGUUCCUUGGUA